AUGUAGUAACCAAAAUCAUAAUAGUUAUCAGUACAAGCACAGAAAGAAAGAGGUAGGAUUGUAUUGCAUCUUAGAUCGCUUAAAAGCUUAGCGUGAAGGAUAAUUAAAUAAAAGAGAAUAGGCUUUGAAUUAAUUAAGUGAUGAACAGGUUGUUGCAUAACUAAAAGCUAAAGGAUUGGGUGUGUAUGGAACAAAGCAAGAAAAAUUAGAAAGGUUAAAAAGGGCAAAUGGUAAUUGAAAUUGAUUUUUAUGAAAGGGAUUGAAGUUAUCAAAUGUGAAUAGGCACCACAAUAAUAAUAAGCACCAGUUUAGUAACCGCCAUAACCUCCAAAAGGAUCAGUUGUUGAUAACAUAAAGAAAAUGGAAUAGUAAAGGGAAGAAAGAAGAAAAAAUAUGUAAGAAAUGAAAAGGGAAAAGGCAGAAAGAGAAGAGUAGAAUCUAAUAUUAGGGAAAAAUGUUGAUGCAGAAUUUGAAUUGAUGAUUGAUAAAAGCAGACUUAAAGGUGGAUUGAUAUAAGAACAUUAAACAACAUAAAAUAUAAAAUUAUGUGUAUGUGUUAGAAAGAGACCAAUUUUCAAGAAGGAAGAAGUAGCUGGAGAAAUAGAUGCAAUUAGUUGUGCAAAUCCAAUGAUUCGAGUACAUGAAUCAAAAUUAAAAGUAGAUGGUAUAACAAAAUAUGUUGAAAAUCACGAUUUUUAAUUCGACAAUACAUUUAGUGAAGUAGAAUAAGGAAAGGAUAUAUAUGAUGUAAGUUUAGCGCCAUUAUUGGAAUUUUUGAUCAAUUAAGGCGUAGUUACAUGUUUUGCUUAUGGAUAAACAGGUUCUGGUAAGACAUAUACAAUGAAGAGCAUUCAAGAACUAUUAGUAAUAGAUCUAUAUAAAUUAAUUAAUGCGUCUCCAUAAUUCAAGAUUGUUGUAUCAUUCUUUGAAAUCUAUGGAGGAAAAUGUUAUGAUUUAUUAAAUAAUAAGGCACCUUUAUAAAUUUUAGAGGAUAAAAAUAAUAAUAUUUAAGUUUAAGGACUUAUUGAGAAGCCCUGUGAAUCUGAAAAUGAAUUGUUUUAACUUAUGGAACUUGCCAACUCUGUUAGAACUACUCAUGCAACUGUUGCAAAUGAUACAUCAUCAAGAUCUCACUCAAUUUGUUAGAUUAUGAUAAGAUAAGGCUAUACAGAUAUGGGAAAACUUAUCUUAGUAGAUUUGGCAGGAUCAGAAAGAGCUUAAGAUACUCAAUCAAACAAUAGAUAGAGAAGGUUAGAAGGUGCUGAAAUAAAUAAAAGUCUCUUAGCAUUAAAGGAGUGUAUAAGAGCGAUGGAUUCAGGUUAAGGUCAUGUACCUUUCAGAGCUUCAAAAUUAACUUUAGUUUUGAGAGACUCAUUCACAGCUAAAUCAAAUAAAUCUAGAAUUAUUAUGAUUGCAUGUAUCAGUCCUGGUAGCUCUUCAGCUGAUCAUUCAUUAAAUACAUUGAGAUAUGCUGAUAGAUUGAAAGAUAAAUCAAAUUAAGCAAAAGUAUAAUUAGAGGAAAGGGAAGUUUCAAAUGAGGAAUUAUUAUCCCGUUUAUAACAACAAAAUGCUUAUGAUAAUAAAUCUUAAGAGAAUAACAAUAAUAAUAAUAACAACUACAAUAACAAUAAUAAUAAUAAUAAUAAUAAUAAUAAUAAUAAUAAUAAUAAUAAUAAUAAUAACAACUACAAUAAUAAUGACAAUAAUAAUAAUAAUAAUAACAAUAAUAAAUUAUCAUAAUAAGAUAAAUAAAAUACUCCAUUAUAAUUACCAAAAAUUAAUGAUGUAAGAAAUUAGAAUAAUUAAAAUGCUAUUAAUGUGAAAAAGAAUUAAUCUCAAGUACCUGAUAAAGAGAAACCAAAAUCUCAACCUGUACCACCUAAAUAAUCUAAAAGAAUAAAUUCAGUUCAAGGGGAUUCAGAAGAAGAAGUUGCUGGUGAAGAAUUAGUUAACAAAAAGAAUGGUUAAGUUAAAGAAGAUGUUAGAUGUAUGAAAGAAACUAUGAUGAAAAAUGAGUAAAAUAAUAUUAAUGGUAAUGGGAAUGAAUUUUUUGAUUUUCAUGAGAAAGUAAAUACGAUUUUAGAGGAAUAAGAUGAGAUCUUAAAUAUUCAUAUGGCUGCUAUUAAAGUAUGAAUAUUCUCUUAAAUUCUAAUAGGAAGAUGCUAAAUUUUUGUAAUAGGAAAGCGAGCUGAUUCAAUCAAUAUAAGGAGUAGGUAUUGUAGAUUAUGAUGUUGAUACAUAUGUUGGUAAUUUAGAAACAUUUAUUAAGAAGAAACUUAAAAUCUAUAAUUUGUUAAACAAGAAAUUGCAAGUGUUUAAGUAUAUCUAAAAUAUUAAUUAAUAUUAGGACUCAUCUGAAAGAGGAAGAAGAGAUCAGUUCAAAGAUGAAGAAUACAUUCUAUUAUUGA